UAAUGCUUGCCUCUUUUAUUCCUGUUUAUCUAAAGCCCCUUGAAAUGCCACUGUAUAUGAAAUGUGCCUUAGAAAUAAACUUUCCUUGCCUUGAUUUCUUUACCUUGGUUUUUGUUUUGUGGAUUCAGUUAAUAAAAUGCGAGCUAAGUUUAAAAUGAUAUUAAUGUAAGAACAGUGCCUCAGAAAAGCAAAUGCAUUCAUUUAUAUCUAAUAUACUGCAGUUGCUACAAUCUGCAAUGCUAUGAAGUCUAAAGUACAGAGUUCAGUGUUUAUUUCAGGCCACUGAGAAAUGAAGCAGCUGUAAUCUGCCACUACAGCAUUUAUGAUCAUAUCGUAAAUUAAUAAUAACAGUAGUGAUAAACCAAGUUAAUAUUAGCUAAGGUAGGUAAUAACUAAGUGCAAAGGUAACAAAGAAAGUCACAAUCAAAUAUAACACUGUCUGCCAUUGGCUAAAUUCCCCAUCACAUGUGAAUCUCUGAAAAUAAUCAUAUAAAAGCAUCAGAUUAGUGUCAUUUAAACACAGACUUCAGUAAUCUACAGUACACUUUAGGAAAACAUUAAGAAUGAAGCUUACAGGAGUAAUUCUUCUGCUGCUUCUGCACACAAGUCCUAUAUUCGCCAAGAAUGCAAUAGAUAACAACUUAGUAGACACUGUUCAACAGUUGACCUGUCCUUUAAGGAUGUGCACAGAACUAAUGAAGGAUAUUGGAGCAUUACAGGAGAAAUUAAAGGCCACAGAGAGUCGACUCCAAACUCUUGAAUCAAGAGUCGCUAACAGUGAAUCUCAGAUCGAAGACAUCAAAGACACUCCAAAAGUGGCGUUUUCAGCUGCAUUAGGGUCAGAUGGUUACAUUGGACCUUUUGACACAGAUUCAACAUUGGUCUACAGAGAAGUCUACAUUAAUAUUGGUGAUGCCUACAACAAGGAUACAGGAAUUUUCACAGCACCAGUAAAAGGAGUGUACUACUUCAGUUUCUUCUAUCAUUGUGGAACUAAGUUCAGAACAGAGCUGACUUUGUAUAGAAAUGGAAAUCCUGAAGCAGUAACAAAACAUAACUGGAUUGAUUUAAUUUUAACACGGAAUGGAGGUAAUGGAUUAACGCUGCUGUUGGAGAAAGCUGAUCAAGUCUAUAUUGUGCUUAGCAAAGGCACAUAUGUCUGGGAUGGAAACAGUAUCACUACGUUUAGUGGAUUUCUUAUUAACGCCAUGUAAGUUAAAUACAAUAUGCGAAUAAACAAUGCAGUUCACUAGAAAAAUCUGUUUAUUACUUCACUGCCACAAAAACUAAUGCAGUUCUUGAAUGUUGUAAAUAAAACUUUGCGACAUCAAAA